AUGGAAACGUUGUUAAAUUAUCUGCAAAAAUAUGGAGAAGUAAUAUACAUUGUAUUCAAUGCAAACAAAGCAAAUCUCUCUGAAGAGAGGUAUGCCUACGUGAAAUAUCUCACUCGAGAAUCAGCACAGCAACUGAUAGACGACAUAGAGAAUAUGACAUCCGUAAACGGAGGUGUACCAGCUCAAGCAAUGAUGUCACGUAUAGAUGCUUCAACACGUUACGUUGACACCGCUAACAUUUAUGCCACAAAUCUGCCGGAUGAUAUGACUGAAGCGGAAGCGAUUCCAAUGUUUUCUUCAUUCGGAAAACUUAGGGAGGUUCAGCAACUGGGCACUGGCUUUUUCAUGAUCCAAUUUUCGAAUGAAUCGGAAGCGAUUAAAGCGGUAUUGGAGCUAAACGGGCAAGAAAUGUCUGGGAAAACAGUUGAAGUAUCUCACUAUGGUCGAGGGAGAAAUCCUAGAACGCCGAAUCCGGGAAAGAUCACUUUUCGACUAUAUAAUUUAAGACCUGAAGUUGAUAAUCAGGAGCUACAUAAGAUGUUCAAUUUCCUGGGAGAUAUAACGGCAAGAGUCGAAAGAAACGUGUAUGGUACUACACGCUGCAUGGGAUAUGUAAUGUUCGAAAGACCACAAUCGGACACUCCGUUUUUCAAUUCAUUCGCAGAUGAAAUGAACAGCGAUGGAUACAUGUUGUAUCAAAAAGCUGGAUUUUGUUACACAGAGUGUCGGUUCAAGGCUAGACCGUACUUCGAUGGUCAUUAUUCGAAGUUCUAUCCAUCUGCAAUGCCUCCACUCCUGAAUAGGUAUUACCAAUUGCCAUACAACUAUCGUCUUCUGUUUGGAGAUCCGUUGUAUCACAAGAAUGCGUCCGAAAAUAAAGAUGCAACAAAGUUCCUUCGUGCUUAUAAUGUCCACGUUUCGAAUAUCGGAAAUCUAACUGACAUGCAACUUGCCCAAUAUUUCGCAAACUACGGAGAAAUAAUUUUUGUGAUUGUGUUGAAGGAUGUAAACCCAUAUGGAAUUGUUAGUUUCACUAAUCUCCCACAAGCACAUACUGCAGUGGAGGACAUUACGAGAAGAAGGGCUGAUGGGCUCACUGUUUUCUAUGCAGAAAUAAUGGAUUGCUAUCAACUCCCUCAUUUCGACGAACAUGAACUUUUUAUGACGAGAAUCAGGAAAAGCCGCGCUGUGGAUCCAAAUUGCUCGAUAGAGAACACUUUUACGUAUCAAGGUACCAUAGAUCGGUACUAUCCGGAACAGCUUCCGGUAGAAGGAGAGAUUUCAAUAGAAGAAGUCUCAAAACGCAUGCAGGCUAGGGUCGCGGAACUUACCGAAGAGCUCAAUCGGGGAUUCGCCAGUUUUGAAGAAGACACACAAAAGGAUUCCGGUGCUACAGCGGUUGUGGAGACACCUAUCGCAUCUUGUUCUAUGUCCUCUGCAUCGUCAACUUCGGCACGUAGAGGAUCUAGUUCAACUACUCAAGAAUCUGAAACCUUCCAAACUUCACAAGUUGCCGAGGUACCUCCAGCUCGUAAUCCUCCGCAUUACAAUGUUCCGUCAGCCUUCAAAUGUACCCAACCCCCUUCGGUGGUGGAAGAAAGGAGAAACAGACCGCAAGAAAAGCAUCGACCUCACAUCAUCAAAUUGCUCGAAAAAUAUUUCUAUAAAAAGACGGACGAGGAGAGACUGGAUAUGCUAAACGCUGCUUACAAUAUUCCAAUGACCGAUCUUCCGAGAUUGCUCAAAGACGUUAACGCAUUUCGUCGCUUCUUCGUAGAACGUGGCAUAGAAUUAGCUCAACAAGCGGCAGAAGUUCAAGAAAGACAAGACGUCAAGCAAGCUGAACAAACCAAAAAACUCGCAAAUUCUCAACAAAAACCGAAGAAGAGGAAGAGGUAA